CCCUUCCCCUUUCCCCUCACCCUGUGGGAUGCACAAGGCCACAACUCUAUGGAAAGCCACGCUCGGUGUUCGGUUCCACUUGCCAGGUUAGGGUUCUUUAGAGGGGACUGGUUGUGAUUUCUUCUGGUUCAUAAAACCCACGACACAAACUCUAAGGCCUGCUUCCAGUUUUUGUUGGAAUAAACGGCGCGCUCAAUUAAAUGCUGACAGCCUCCAGGAGAGCCGCAAAACUGCAAUCGUGGGCAUUUUAUUAAUUUUGCGAGAAGGAACUGCGACCCCGGCUGGCCGCCUAUUCAGGAGUGCGGCCACCAGAGGGCGCGCUGCUCCGCCCACGACCCGCCCGCCGAGUCCACUUUCCCGAGGAACUUUGCCAGGAGUUCUCCGGGCUUCUGCAGACCACAACCAGCCCGCCCUUGGAGCUGCCUCGGCUGCCUCCCACCACACGCGCGCCUGCCCGCUCCCCACGAGUGACGAGUGCCUGUCGGCUGCUGAGAGACUUGCCGGUCCUCAGCUGGGUCAGCAGCAGAGGCUGACUGCAGAAGCCUGGGUGGCUGGGUGGGGGCCCCCUUCCGGCAGCUGGAGUCUGCUGUCCCCACCGGUGGGCAGCUCUGCAGGACACUCGCCAGCCCACACCUGGCCAUGGAAGGGCUGGUGGUGGCACGUGCCUAGCUGGCUCUGGGGAGAAGUCAGCGGAUGAAAAGACGUCUCCCUGCUGCCCCGCUUCUUGGAGCCAUGCGCUGUGGCAGGGACUGAAAGGGCCAAGGACACACACACGCCUCCUCCGCUGCUGCCAGGGAUCCUGCCCACAGAAAAGAAUGAUGCGCUCCUUGUAAUGGGAGCUUUCCUGCAAAGAAAGAAAGAAAAAGAGAAAGAAGGAAGGAAGGAAAGAAAGAAAGAAAGAAAGAAAGAAAGAAAGAAAGAAAGAAAGAAAGAACCAUGUGAAAAUUCGGUGCAGCCCUCAAUGAAAUACGGCUGCUGCAGCUGAGUUACAGUCAGAUCCGACCCCCAAGCAGGGCUGCUGCUGGGGCUGAGAAAAAGAAGUGUGCUCCUAGAGCCCCGCUGGUGGCAGCGUCUCCAAAGAUGCCAAGGAUGGAGAACAAAGCCAUGUACCUGCACACCUUUGGGGAGAGGGAGAAUGGAUCCAUCUUUGAAGAGCCAUUCGAUGGGAAGAACCUCUCCAAGCUGAAUCUUUGUGAUGAUGGUCCCAGCAGCCAGAAGAAACCAUCUGGGCCCUGUGGCCAUCUGGGCUCCCUGGCCGCUCUCAAGUACGCGGUCGUCGGGCUGUACUUGCUCGUCUUCCUGAUCCUGGUGGGAGUUUUCAUUCUAGCAGUGUCUCGGCCUCAGAGCUCUCCUGAAGACCUGAAGGUGCUAACGGGGAACGUGAACCACCUGAACGAGAGCUUCCGGGACCUCCAGCUGAAGGUGGUGCACCUGCCCUUCAAGGGAGACUUCUUGGAGCACAUCUGGCGCUUGCAAGACCUCCUGCAGAACCACUCGGACUCUCUCCUGGUGAUGACUGGCUCCCUGCAGAAGCUGGAAGGGGCCCUGGGGAGCCUGCAGGCCCAGGCAGCUCAGACGGACCGCGUCGUCUCCGGCCUGCGGGACGCUCUCCACCAGCAAAGCGACGCGGCCCAGAUGGAGCUCUACAAGCUCUCGGUGGAAGGGAACAGCAGCCGCCUGCUGCUGAGGCACCACGAGGGCUUGCUGCGGGAGCUGGCCUCCCACGUGGAGAGCCUGGGCGACCAGCUGACCGAGGUGGGCGGGGACGUGGGCAACAUGAACAGGACCCUCUCCUAUGACGUGGGCAUCCACCACACCCGCAUCCAGGACUUGCAAGUGCUGAUCAGCAACGCCACCGAGGACGCGCGGCAGAUGCGCCUCGUCCACAUUGCCAUGGAGCAGCAGCUCAAGCACGAGCUGGCCAUCCUGAACAACGUGACGGAGGACCUGCGGCUCAAGGACUGGGAGCACUCCGUCGCCUUGAGGGACAUCUCCGUCAUCCGAGGACCUCCCGGACCCAAAGGGGAUCAAGGCAAUGAAGGGAUGGAAGGCGAGCCUGGCCCUCCUGGCCUACCUGGACUGCAAGGAUUCCCUGGGGAAAGAGGACUUCUGGGACAGCGUGGCCUGAAGGGGGACCAAGGAGACAUUGGCCCACGAGGCAUGCCCGGCCUCCGUGGAAUCACAGGUGACCGAGGCCCAAAGGGAGAGAAAGGGGAGAAAGGAGACAGAAGUGGAGAAACAGCCGCUGUCCAGGAGGAGGGGCUUGUUCGUGUGGUGAAUGGCUCUGGCCCCCACGAAGGGCGAGUGGAAGUUUUCCAUGACCGAUUCUGGGGGACCAUUUGUGACGAUGGCUGGGACAAGAAAGACGGCGAUGUGGUGUGCCGGAUGCUGGGCUUCCCGGGUGUGGAAGAAGUGUACAGGAUGGCCGUGUUUGGGCAAGGGAAAGGGCGUAUCUGGAUGGACGAUGUGGCCUGCAAGGGGACGGAAGACAGCCUCUUCCAGUGCAGCUUCUCCAGCUGGGGGAAAACCAACUGUGGGCAUGCCGAGGAUGCAGGAGUGAAGUGCUUGAGGCUGUGAUGAGGACCCGCCUGCCAACCAAAGAGUGCCCACCAGAUCCCUUGGGGAGGGAAUGAUCACAGCUCCAGCUCUUUCUUUCUGGGCUCGGUGCUGGCCUCGAGGAGUGGCCACACGUUGGCCUUGAUGUCUCUCAGGGCGUGGCUUGCUGUAGAGUCUACUGUAAUGCAAUCUUGCCAGGAUGCGGUUCCAUCCCCUCCCCAAUUGUAUUGCUCCUCUUCCUCGUGUGUAGACCAAAGUUACGGGGCACACAGCCAUUAAAGCCUUCUGUUCCCAGGCAGCAGAACUGCUAUCAUAGCCACAGACUCUGACUUGCCAGCAAUGCUGAUGCCGUUACCGCCGGCCUGUACGAUGCGGUGACCGAAGCAGCACUCCAGCUCCGAGGCAUCAAGAUGCGCUCGGUGGAGAGUGGCUGAGUGGCCAAGGACCUACUCUGUUUGCUUAGCGGGCUGCUGACUGUUGCUUUCUUAAUAAUAAAAUAAAAGACAUUUGUGUUACUCUGUCAA